AGAAGAAGAGGAGGAGGAGGUGCCGCCUGCCUGCCUGCCUGGGUCCCUCUCUCCGAUUGUCAAUGGCGAGCCCCCCUCCCCGCCCUACACCCCCCCCCCGGAGCGGCUGGGAGGGAGGGAAGAGAUUGAGCAAGGGCAGCGCGGCGGCUCGGGCUCCCUCCUCCGCCGUAAGGCGCUUACCUCGUGGCAGAUGUCGCCAGGCUCCCAGCCAGCUCGGAUCCAGUCGGUGGGAGGCGAGCCGCGAGCCGCCAGACUCCGGGGAAGCCCCCUGUCCUCGGGAGUAGGGAAGCGCAGCGCAGCGCGCCCGGGUCUUUUUCCCGCCUUGCAAGGCCUGUUUGGCGCGCCGCGAGGGGAGCCUCCCUGCCUGCUCGCUGGCCCCAGGCGCCUCCCCCUGGGCUGGAGCCCGGCCAGGGCUAGUCCCGCAGCUGGGAUCGAACGGGAGGCGUCGGGACGGAGCGGGUCUUGCGGGGCUUCCCCGCUCUGGACGGGAAGGAGCCAGAAGCAAAACCCAAACCCCUCGCCGAUUCUGCUGCUUUUCCUCUUCCCGCCCCUCUCCUCCUGCUGCUCCUCCGCCCGCCUUUCCGUUUGGUUCGCUCGCCGCCUCCCGCGAUCCCGAUGGCGAAGAUCCGGGUGUCUUACGAGUACACCGAAGCCGAGGACAAGAGCAUCCGGCUGGGCUUGUUCCUCAUCGCCACGGGCAUCGUGUCUCUCUUCAUCCUGGGCUUCUGCUGGCUCAACCCGGCCCUGCAGGACCUGCAGGGCAAAGCGGCCAACUGCACGGUGGUGUCGGUGCAGCAGGUCGGCGAGCUCUUCGAGUGCACUUUCACGUGCGGCGCCGACUGCAAGGGCACUGCGCUCUACCCCUGCCUCCAGAUCUACGUCAACAACUCCGAGUCCGACGCCCGGGCGCUGCUGCACCAGGACGAGCACGAGCUGCUGGCCAACCCCAAGUGUUCGUAUAUCCCUCCCUGCAAAAGAGAAAACCAGAAGAACACUGAAAAUGUAAAGCUCUGGCAGGUUUACUGGGAAGAUGAAGUUGGCUCUCAGCCUUUCACGUGCUACUUUAAUCAACACCUCAGACCGGACGACGUACUGUUACGACGCACACACGACGAGUCGGUUCUUUUGCACUGCUUCCUUUGGCCGGUGGUGACGUUCCUGGUUGGGGUCCUCAUUGUGGUCCUCACCAUAUGUGCAAAGAGCUUGGCUGUCAAAGCAGAAGCGAUAAAGAAAAGGAAGCACUCCUAAGUGGUUCACUUUCCUUGGACGAAAGCGGAGGGGAUUUUGUAGGAGGAGUGCCAAAUGCAAUUGACAGGCACUCCCGUGGCGCUUCCCAGCGAUGCCCGUUCCCAGUGUAUUGCCAGCUGUUGGUCUUGCUGAUGCCUGAAGAUUACUCUUAGGUUGACCACGCUGUGAAUUGUUAGCUAGCUGCUUCUGCCACUAAAGAAAGCAAAAUGUGUCUAUUCCAAAAAAAAUGAUCCUAAGCUGCACCAAACUGGCUGUACUGCAUUUUAUGAAAUCUGAACGAUGGCUCUUCACUCCAGGUCUUUUGAUGGACUGAAGGACAGUUUCUUGGGGGGAGGAUCCCCCAAAGUGUGGUUGACUUCAUCUUAGCAAAAUGAUCUUUCUUACCAUUAUUAUUUAGUAUUGAAUAUUUAUUAUUUCCUUUCUCAUAGACUGUAUUUCUGAAAUAUUAAAAAGUGGUUGGUUUUUA